CCUUUCUGGCCGGGGAUUGGGUCCAGGGCCCGGAGCAGGACACCCGGAGGCCGGUCAAAGUUUGAUUUCCGAUUUGGUGGCGUGCUGAUAGCGCAGCCCCGCGGGGGUGAGUCCAGGCUGCACAGCGCCUGGCGCGCGCGCACGCAUCUCGGAAUCCGAAUCUGCACAACCCGGGGCCAGGCGCCUGUGCGAGAAGCCGGGAGACCCGCGCUCCCGUCGGGGUGGCUGCGCCCACCCCACCGCUCUCAUCUCCAUCGGGCGACCCUUCCCCUUCAGUCACCUGGGUUUUGAGAGGAUUCCUCAAGUUUGACCUCAAGCAAGAUUCACUACUAACUUUGAAGUAGAAUAAGGUUGUACAUUGUUCCUGUGGAUGCUAUUGGCUAAAUUUCUAUAGCAAUGGCACGAGAAUAUAAGAAAGCAUGGGAUUAUGACCAUCGCAGAGUCCCAGUAAUACAAGUUGCUUUUGGCUUUUUCUGAAAGAAAGCCGUCUAUUAAAGUGACGCAGAGGAGCUGUUGUGGAUUAUAAUGUUUUGAAGAUCGGGAUUCUUCAGAGGUUUGAAAAUAAGGCAUCGUUUAACCUUUUAAAUGAAAAAGAUUAAGAUCUCAUGCAACUGCUGUGUUUUUUGGAAACCAUUCUCCAAAAGGGAAGUGCUCAUUUAAAAUUCAGAGAUGAUGGUCCUUUCUGCAAGGAUUUAAGUCUAAUUGCUUUUACAUCAUGACCAGCUUGAAACGGUCGCAGACGGAGAGGCCUGUUGCUACUGAAAGGGCCUCGGUUGUCGGCACAGAUGGCCCUCCCAAAGUCCACACUGACGACUUCUACAUGCGGCGCUUCAGGUCCCAAAAUGGCAGCUUAGGCUCCUCGGUCAUGGCUCCCGUAGGCCCCCCGCGAAGCGAAGGUUCUCACCAUAUAACCUCGACCCCCGGAGUCCCCAAGAUGGGGGUUAGGGCGAGGAUUGCAGAUUGGCCCCCAAGAAAGGAAAAUGUAAAAGAAUCUAGCCGUUCAAGCCAGGAAAUAGAAACCUCAAGUUGCCUUGAGAGCUUGUCCUCCAAAAGCAGUCCUGUGAGUCAGGGAAGUUCUGUUAGCCUCAAUUCCAGUGACUCAGCCAUGUUAAAAAGCAUUCAGAACACACUGAAGAACAAGACGAGACCAUCGGAGAACAUGGACUCCCGAUUUCUCAUGCCUGAAGCCUAUCCUAGCUCCCCCAGAAAAGCUCUUCGCAGAAUAAGGCAACGGAGCAACAGCGAUAUCACCAUAAGUGAACUUGACGUGGAUAGCUUUGAUGAAUGUAUCUCGCCCACGUACAAGACUGGGCCGUCACUGCACAGGGAAUAUGGUAGCACAUCUUCCAUCGAUAAGCAGGGAACGUCCGGAGAAAGCUUCUUUGAUUUGCUAAAGGGCUACAAAGACGACAAAUCUGAUCGAGGUCCCACUCCAACCAAGCUCAGUGACUUCCUCAUCACCGGUGGGGGCAAGGGGUCUGGUUUCUCUUUGGAUGUUAUAGACGGGCCCAUCUCACAGAGAGAGAACCUCAGGCUCUUUAAGGAAAGGGAAAAACCACUCAAGCGACGUUCCAAGUCUGAAACUGGAGACUCCUCCAUUUUUCGUAAAUUACGCAAUGCCAAAGGUGAAGAACUUGGGAAAUCGUCGGAUCUUGAAGAUAACCGGUCAGAAGACUCCGUCAGGCCCUGGACGUGUCCAAAGUGCUUUGCCCACUACGAUGUCCAGAGUAUACUGUUUGACUUGAAUGAGGCGAUUAUGAACAGGCACAACGUUAUUAAGAGGAGAAACACCACCACGGGGGCUUCGGCGGCUGCUGUGGCAUCCUUGGUCUCUGGACCUUUGUCCCACUCGGCCAGUUUUAGCUCCCCAAUGGGCAGCACGGAGGACCUGAAUUCCAAAGGCAGCCUCAGCAUGGACCAGGGAGACGAUAAAAGCAAUGAACUUGUAAUGAGUUGCCCCUAUUUUAGGAAUGAGAUCGGUGGAGAAGGUGAAAGGAAAAUCAGCCUGUCGAAAUCAAAUUCUGGCUCCUUUAGUGGAUGCGAAAGUGCCUCCUUUGAGUCAACACUCAGCUCCCAUUGCACAAAUGCAGGAGUGGCAGUACUUGAAGUGCCCAAGGAAAACUUGGUGUUGCAUCUAGAUCGAGUGAAAAGAUACAUUGUGGAACAUGUGGAUCUGGGUGCAUACUAUUACAGGAAAUUCUUCUAUCAGAAGGAACACUGGAACUAUUUUGGGGCUGAUGAAAAUCUUGGUCCGGUGGCUGUGAGCAUUCGAAGGGAAAAACCAGAAGAAACAAAAGAAAACGGAUCGCCAUACAACUACCGAAUAAUUUUUAGAACGAGUGAGCUCAUGACACUGAGAGGUUCAGUUCUGGAGGAUGCCAUUCCCUCAACGGCAAAGCACUCGACGGCCAGAGGGCUGCCCCUGAAAGAAGUGCUGGAGCACGUGAUUCCCGAGCUCAAUGUCCAGUGCCUGCGGUUGGCCUUCAACACUCCCAAAGUCACAGAGCAACUCAUGAAGCUGGAUGAACAAGGGCUGAACUAUCAGCAGAAAGUCGGCAUCAUGUACUGCAAGGCUGGACAGAGCACCGAAGAAGAGAUGUACAACAACGAAUCCGCCGGCCCAGCCUUUGAGGAGUUCCUUCAGCUGCUGGGAGAACGUGUUCGACUCAAAGGGUUUGAGAAGUAUCGUGCACAGCUUGACACCAAAACUGACUCCACCGGGACCCACUCGCUGUACACAACGUACAAAGACUAUGAGAUCAUGUUCCACGUUUCUACCAUGCUGCCCUACACACCCAACAACAAGCAGCAGCUCCUACGGAAGCGGCACAUUGGAAACGAUAUCGUAACAAUUGUUUUCCAAGAGCCUGGAGCACAACCAUUCAGCCCGAAAAACAUCCGAUCCCACUUUCAGCACGUUUUCGUCAUCGUCAGGGUCCACAGCCCCUGCACGGAUGGCGUCUGUUACAGUGUGGCUGUCACCAGGUCCAGAGAUGUGCCUUCCUUUGGACCUCCCAUCCCCAAAGGGGUCACUUUCCCUAAGUCCAAUGUGUUCAGGGACUUCCUUUUGGCCAAAGUGAUUAAUGCAGAAAAUGCUGCUCAUAAAUCGGAAAAGUUCCGGGCCAUGGCAACUCGGACCCGCCAGGAAUACCUGAAAGAUCUGGCAGAAAAGAAUGUCACCAACACCCCUAUCGACCCCUCUGGCAAGUUCCCAUUCAUCUCUCUGGCCUCUAAGAAGAAGGAAAAAUCUAAGCCCUACCCAGGAGCCGAGCUCAGUAGCAUGGGAGCCAUUGUGUGGGCCGUCCGUGCCAAAGACUACAACAAGGCUAUGGAGAUAGACUGCCUUCUAGGCAUCUCCAAUGAGUUCAUCGUCCUCAUCGAGCAGGAAACCAAGAGCGUGGUUUUCAACUGUUCCUGCAGAGACGUGAUAGGGUGGACCUCAACUGACAGCAGCCUCAAAAUCUUCUACGAGCGGGGAGAGUGCAUUUCGGUGGAGAGUUUCAUUAACAGUGAGGAUAUCAAAGAGAUUGUCAAAAGGUUGCAAUUUGUGUCAAAAGGUUGUGAAUCAGUGGAGAUGACUCUGCGAAGGAAUGGGCUGGGACAGCUCGGCUUCCAUGUCAACUACGAGGGCAUCGUGGCAGACGUGGAGCCCUACGGCUAUGCCUGGCAGGCAGGGCUGAGGCAGGGCAGCCGGCUGGUGGAGAUCUGCAAGGUGGCAGUGGCCACUCUGAGCCAUGAGCAGAUGAUCGAUCUGCUGAGAACAUCCGUCACGGUGAAGGUGGUCAUUAUCCCCCCGCAUGAUGACUGCACCCCACGGAGGAGUUGCUCUGAAACCUACCGCAUGCCAGUGAUGGAAUAUAAAAUGAAUGAAGGGGUUUCAUACGAAUUUAAGUUUCCCUUCCGAAAUAAUAACAAAUGGCAGAGGAAUGCCAACAAGGGGCCUCAUUCACCUCAAGUCCCAUCCCAGGUACAGAGUCCCAUGACCUCGAGGCUGAAUGCUGGGAAAGGAGAUGGGAAGAUACCUCCUCCAGAAAGAACCACCAACAUUCCUCGAAGCAUCUCCAGUGACGGGCGCCCACUGGAGAGGCGGCUGUCUCCUGGAUCAGACAUCUAUGUGACGGUCUCAUCCAUGGCUUUAGCAAGAUCCCAGCAGUGUCGAAACUCCCCUAGCAGCCUAUCUUCGUCCAGCGAGACUGGCUCUGGUGGGGGCACUUACAGGCAAAAAUCCAUGCCCGAAGGGUUCGGAGUGAGCCGCAGAUCCCCAGCCUCCAUUGACAGGCAGAACACCCAGUCAGAUAUUGGUGGCAGCGGAAAAUCCACACCCAGCUGGCAAAGAAGUGAAGAUAGCAUUGCCGACCAGAUGGCUUACAGUUAUAGAGGACCUCAGGAUUUCAAUUCUUUUGUCCUCGAGCAGCAUGAAUAUACAGAGCCAACAUGCCAUCUCCCAGCAGUAUCAAAGGUACUGCCAGCUUUCCGAGAGAGCCCCAGUGGGAGAUUAAUGCGUCAGGAUCCAGUGGUUCAUUUGUCUCCAAACAAACAAGGGCAUUCUGACAGCCACUACUCGAGCCACUCCAGCAGCAACACCCUCUCCAGCAACGCAUCGAGUGCCCACAGUGACGAGAAAUGGUACGACGGGGACCGCACAGAAUCCGAACUCAACAGCUACAACUACCUGCAAGGCACCUCUGCUGACAGCGGCAUCGACACCACCUCCUAUGGCCCCAGCCACGGCAGCACGGCCUCCCUGGGGGCUGCCACGUCGUCACCUCGCUCAGGGCCAGGCAAGGAGAAAGUGGCACCCCUGUGGCACAGUUCCAGUGAAGUGAUCUCCAUGGCGGAUCGGACUUUAGAGACAGACGGCCACGGCAUGGACCGGAAAGCAGAGUCCUCCCUGAGCUUGGACAUCCACAGCAAGAGCCAGGCCGGCUCAAACCCUCUGACCAGGGAGAACAGCACUUUCAGUAUAAAUGACGCUGCUUCUCACUCGAGUACCAUGAGCUCCCGACACUCUGCCAGCCCAGUUGUCUUCACCAGUGCCCGAAGUUCACCUAAGGAAGAGCUUCAUCCUGCCAGCUCCUCGCAACUUGCACCUUCCUUCUCCUCCUCCUCCUCCUCUUCAUCGGGUCCUAGGACUUUCUACCCCCGCCAGGGCGCUACUAGCAAAUACCUGAUUGGGUGGAAAAAACCGGAAGGAACCAUAAACUCCGUGGGAUUCAUGGAUACAAGAAAGCGUCAUCAGAGUGAUGGCAAUGAAAUAGCCCACACCAGGCUGCGUGCCUCAACCAGGGACCUCCGGGCAUCGCCCAAGCCGGCCUCCAAGUCCACUAUUGAGGAGGAUCUCAAGAAACUCAUCGACCUUGAAAGCCCAACUUCCGAAUCUCAGAAGAACUUUAAGUUCCAGGCGCUCUCCUCUCCUCAGUCCCCUUUCCCUACCACCCCGACCUCGAGGCGGGCCUUGCACAGGACGCUGUCAGAUGAGAGCAUUUACAGUGGCCAGAGGGAGCACUUUUUCACCUCAAGGGCUUCGCUUCUGGACCAAGCCCUGCCCAACGACGUCCUCUUCAGCAGCACCUACCCUUCUCUCCCCAAGUCUCUUCCACUGCGGAGGCCUUCUUACACCUUGGGGAUGAAGUCGCUGCAUGGAGAGUUCUCGGCCUCGGACAGCUCCCUCACCGACGUCCAGGAGACCCGCAGGCCGCCCAUGCCUGACCCCGGCCUGAUGCCCCUGCCCGAUGCUGCCGCCGAUUUGGAUUGGUCCAACUUGGUGGACGCCGCCAAGGCCUAUGAGGUCCAGAGAGCCUCGUUCUUUGCUGCUAGUGAUGAAAACCAUCGCCCUUUGAGUGCUGCAUCCAGCAGUGACCAGCUUGAGGACCAGGCUCUGGCCCAGAUGAAGUCUUAUAGCAGUAAAGAUUCCUCGCCCACUCUGGCUUCUAAAGUGGACCAACUGGAAGGAAUGCUGAAGAUGCUUCGGGAAGAUCUGAAGAAGGAAAAGGAAGACAAAGCCCACCUCCAGGCAGAAGUCCAGCACUUGCGAGAGGACAACCUGAGGCUGCAGGAGGAGUCCCAGAAUGCCUCCGACAAGCUGAAGAAGUUCACAGAAUGGGUCUUCAAUACCAUCGACAUGAGCUAGGGCAGGCUGCGGCGGAGAGGAGAGAGGACCACAGGGAGUGCUCUCUGUGAGGCUGGAAGCCCCUUGGUCAUGCCUUUGAAAGCGUCCUCAGCGCACCCUCCCCAGCUCCCUACUUCGCCCCCUUUUGGGGAGUGCACAACACAACAAUUGCAGAUCAACAAUCAUUAUCUGCCUUUUGUAGAAAAGAGAAAAAUGAAGUAAAUAAAAAUUUUAAAAAGUAAAAUAAAAGUUUAACUGCUAAAAUG